ACGGCGCCCGGCCGGCGAGGGGCCGGAGGAGGAGGUCGCGGAGGAGGGGCAGCCGCGGACCCGGCCAUGGCGCUCGACUUCCUGGCUGGAUGCGCCGGGGGUGUGGCGGGCGUGCUGGUGGGACACCCGUUUGACACAGUCAAGGUGCGGCUGCAGGUCCAGAGCGGGGAGAAGCCACAGUAUCGUGGGACCCUGCACUGCUUCCAGUCCAUCAUCAAGCAGGAGAGCGUGCUGGGUCUGUACAGGGGCCUGGGGUCCCCCCUCAUGGGGCUCACCUUCAUCAACGCGCUGGUGUUCGGCGUGCAGGGCAACACGCUCCGCGCGCUGGGUCGCGACUCGCCGCUGAACCAGUUCCUGGCGGGCGCGGCGGCGGGCGCCAUCCAGUGCAUCAUAUGCUGCCCCAUGGAGCUGGCCAAGACGCGGCUGCAGCUGCAGGACGCGGGCCCGGCGCGCACCUACCGCGGCUCGCUGCACUGCCUGGCGCACAUCUACCGGCAGGAGGGCCUGCGCGGCGUCCACCGGGGCAUGGUGUCCACCCUGCUCCGCGAGACGCCCAGCUUCGGCGUCUACUUCCUCUCCUACGACGUGCUGACGCGCGCGCUGGGCUGCGAGCCGGGCGACCGGCUGCUGGUUCCCAAGCUGCUGCUGGCGGGCGGCACCGCGGGCAUCCUGUCCUGGCUCUCCACCUACCCCGUGGACGUGGUCAAGUCGCGGCUGCAGGCCGACGGGCUGCGGGGCGCCCCGCGCUACCGGGGCAUCCUGGACUGCGCGCGCCAGAGCUACCAGGCCGAGGGCUGGCGCGUCUUCACCCGCGGGCUGGCCUCCACGCUGCUGCGCGCCUUCCCGGUCAACGCUGCCACCUUUGCCACCGUCACUGUGGUGCUGUCCUACGCCCGCGGUGAGGAGGCCCAGCCGGAGGAUGAGGCUGUGCCCACGGCAGCCCCCGCCCUGGCCCAGCCCUCCAGCCUGUGAGGCCCCGUCUGCGGGCAGGAUCCCGCAGGGCCUGCUUCUCAGCCACCCCAUGGAGACGCACCUGGGCCCGGGGCCUGGCCCCAGCUGUUAGCCGUGGGCACCGUGAGGCCUGCGUGGGUUGGUGACAUGGGCCACGAGCCCCCAGCUCCUCCGCCCUCGGCUGUGAGACAGGGCUCCUCACACCCUCUCCGCACACCUGAAGCCUGUGCAGCGCUGAGCCUGGUGCCUGGAAUCUUCCAGAAACCCACCAAACACUCCAGCCCACCCUAGGCCUCUAGCCACCACCUCCACAGGGUUUCUGUUGCCCACCCACGGCCACAUGGGAACUCAAUUGGCAGAACUUCUACAUGGCCGAGUUCCAGGGACACUUCUUGGCCACCUGUCCAGCCUGUGGCUGGGACAGUGACGGCCUGGGGGGGGCCUCCUGGUGUCGGAACUUAGUCCUUCACCUGCCCCUCUUCUCCACAUGGCACAGGGGAAGGGCCUGCUGCUGCCACGCUGGAGGGUGAUGUGACCCACCGAGAAGCCCCAGGGCCCGCGGGGGUAUCCCAGCACGGUGGGGCAGACGGGGCCUGUUCACCCUCUGGGCCUUGAGCUGUCCGACUGUAAAAUGGCCGUGGGUCAGCUGGUCAGGGAUCCCCAAGGUGUGCAGGGGGUGGAUGAGGCCGGGGAGGACCUCACUUCCCAGCAACGGUGUUUCCCUGGGCAGCGCCUCAGUGCCCAUGUCCCAGGAGGCCACCGAAUGGGCUGUUUGGGUUCCUUUGUGCUAAGGGGGUACUAAGCCCACGCCCCAGGGGCCGUCCCUAGAAGUCAGGCCCUCGCCCCAGAUGCAGCCCACCCUGAGCGUAUGGUGACACCGUGCAGAGGCCCCCGAGGGAAUAAAGUGUUCGUUCUUUGCUUUUUUAAGAGCUUGGGGCUUCCUUUGCGCAAAGUGGAGGGAAGGGCUUCAUUCUCGGGCUGCUCCCAGGAGCCAGAGCGGCCGCCCUGGUGGCCGUGCGCCCUUGGACCCUGCUGGCUGCUUGGCUGCGGGACUCGGGGCAAGCUAGACCCUCAGUCUCCUUGUCUGCCAGUCAGGGCUCACGCAAGCCCAGGGGUCAGUGAGGAAAGCGGGGUUUCCCCCUUGCCCCCAGCGAGUGAUCCCAGGAGUCUGCUGUCCCGAGGCUGGUCCUGGCUCCUGCCCGGCCUGCAGGUGUGGGCCGGCAGCGAGGGUAGUGAACUGGGAGGGUGCCUACUGGUGCCAGUUGGGAGCACUAGAGGGCAGAGGAUCUGAAAUAAGCCCCAGCAGCCUCAGGGCUCCGUGAGGCCCGCUUCCCGGAGGUCACCUCCUUUGGCAAAGGGGUGUCCUGCUGGGUACCCAGGCCCCUGAGCCUCCCCAGCUACCAGCAGGAAGCUCUGUCCUUCCCAACUCCUGAGCCCAAAGCCACACCCGCCUGUAGGAGAGAGGCCCCAGCUUUCCCCCCAGGAGGGCCCCCAGCCUCCAGUUCUUCACACACCAUUUAACCCUCAGCACCAGCCUGCAGCCCCAGGCUUCUCUGCAGCUGGGAAACCGGUGACCCCACCCCAGCACAGCACGGGGCCGCAGCCCCUCCCCUUCCUGUGCCCCCAGUUCUCUUCCCUCUGAAAGGAGCCAGGCAGAUGCUGAAGAGCUGGCCCCCGGUGCACCCCCCCACCCUGCGAGCUGAGGUCAGGUGUCAGCACGGUGGCUAACGUGGAAGCGCCAGGGGAGCAGGCGGAGCUGUGAGGAGCGGGUGUGGGCGCUGCGCCCCGCCUGCUGGUGUAGGUACUGCCUGUUCUGUUCUUGGCUUUUUUUCACUUGACAAUUAUCUUGGAGAUGGCACUUGUUCCCGGGGCUGCCACAGCAGAACAGCACGGCCCGGCCCGUGUGGCUGAGACAACAGACGUUUCUCCUCUCGGCCUUCUGGAGGCCAGAAUCUGAGGUUCAGGUGUGGGCAGUGCGGUUCCUUCCGGGGGCCGUGGAGCCUGGAGGAGCACGGCUGAGGAGCACCGCAGCCUCUCCCAGCGUCUUGGGGCCGGCCCCCGGGCUGUGGGCAGUGCCCAUCUCUGCCUGUGCACGCGGUCCCUCUCCGGAAGCCCCCGUGGCUUGGGUCACAGGGAGUCAGUCUUUGCCUUCAGGGCCUGCCCUGCCUUAGUCUGCUGAGACCCCACUUCCAAGUAGGGCCACGCCCACAGGUGGCGCUGGGGGAGGACAGCAACUUGUCUUCUGGGGGUACAAUUCUACCACAACCAGCUUGUCAAUGUCCGUGGGCCAAGUAUGUGGGUGAAUGCCCCUACUUGCUUCGUCGGGCAGCACUGGGACUGGUAUCUGGUCUUAGGGUGCUAGUAGCUGACCCGCCCACGGAGGGCAGAGGUCGCUGAGGCCCUCUGACAGCCUGGAUGAUGGAGGCGGAAGGAAGGUGGGGGCUCACCGCGGGGUCACGAGGCCGGAGAGGGCCACCAGGCCACAGCAGGGCGAGGCGCCCUCCAGGGGCUCACGGGGUUCCAGUGUGCUGGGCUCCAGUGUGUCUGCACGAAGUGGCCCCGUGCCCCAGAGCUGGACGCGCCAUAAAAGGGAGGCGUGGGCCUGCGACACAACCCUUGACCUCUGCCCCUCUGCCUGGUGCAACAGGCCACAGCUGUGGCCCUGCCGGGCCAGGCAGGGUGUCACUGGCAGCCACUUCCAGGACCUGGUGGG